UGUUUCGGGGUUGAUGGUUCCUAUCGUCUUGUAAGAUUUGCAGGACAAAAUCUUUCGAAUGAGGAUUAGGAAUGAGGUUGCAAACACAUGCUGUGCACCGGAAAGAAUAACAACUUGAUCUGCAGUAGUGCGGCGGCGGUUAGGCAGAGCAAGGAUGGCACCUCGAAAAAGACACCACAUAGAAUCCCUGGAGGAGCUGAGUCUGCGUGUGGUCUUAUACUCAGUGGUGGCAGACUUACACUUAGCACACCUCAUGACGACGGAAUUGCGACACUCCAUCACCCUUUCAUCACUCCCAGUCUCAUCUCCGGAACAACUCAAGGAGAUGGUGGCUGAAAGAUUGAAAAUUCUGCCAGGUGUCCUUAAUGACCAGGUUCGAGACAGGAUGGUGAGACGUCUCUUUUCCAGUCCUGAGCCUGAUCGCUGGCUCAAUGCAAAGCUUGAUAUUUUGAAAGUGGUAUUAGAUGACAGUGUGACAAGCAUAGACUGUGGAGAACAAGCGCUACCCAGACGACUUUUAAGUGUUGUGGGAGAACAGUGCCCUAAUAUCCGAAGUCUGAAAGUUACUCUACAUCAGAUUGAGGCAGAGGACAGUCCUGUUGAAGCUUCCACAAGUGUGGCCACAACUCGGAGACACCCUUACUUCCUGCGUGAGACAAACUUCAUGCCUUCACAACAGUCUCCAACAAGUUCUCCUACCAAGGUAACGCUGCCGCUUUCCCUGAUGUCAGGCAUGUCAACCUUGUCACAGCUUACCACCCUUCACUUGACAUACGGAGCUAGCAAUGCAAUCCUAGCAGCCUUAGGACAAUGUGCCCCCAAACUGCAGGAACUUCACAUGUGUUAUAGCUAUAGUGUAACAGACUCUGGGAUAAAGGCACUCCUUUUGCGGAACCCAGAACGCCAUGUCCUACGCAAGGGACGAAAUCUGCACGAGCUGAGAGUACGCUCCAUGCACCUCAACCCUUGUAGUUCAGGCUUGCGUGAGGUGGAUAUCAUGGGCACUGGAGUCAGUCAAUUUGGCGUGGCGUUCCUCUUGAAACACGUCCCAAAUCUUCGCUCUCUUGGUGACUGCAACUCCGUCCCUGAAGCCCUGGAGAUCCUGGUGGGCAACAAAUCCCUUCAGCGCAGCUCCUUCAUGGCAAGAUUACGGAAGUAUGCCAGGAGAUUCAAGCUUACAAGGGUAAAGGAGGACUGUGUUUCUGCCUCGAAGGUGUUGGUGGUUGCAACUCUCUGCCCAGAAAUUAAGGACCUGAGUCUGUGGCACAGGUUCCGUGAGGUCGACCUUGACAGAUUGAAUGACCUUCAUUUAACUCCAUCACAUUUCACAUCUCACCUCAUGCAGCUGCAAAACCUCAAGCACCUGACGAUGGUCAAUGUGUCAUCACGAUCUGUUGCGGGGGCUAUCCAGGCCUUGGGUUCACAGCUGACUGCCUUGACAGUCCAGUGUCGGGGUUUAGACGUUCCUGGAAUCUUUGAAAACUGCACCAAUCUCAAGUACUUGACAAUGGAGGGAGAGGAUUGUUCUGCCCCAUACGAGGCAGUGGACAGUUUUCGACACACAGCCCUCACAAGGCUUCAGGUGGUGAAGAUAAAAUGCCACCUCCCCACGCCAUACACGGACAUGAUCCUAAACAAUGCCAAGAGCAUGUCCCGGCUGGAAAUUAAUUGUCUCUGUGAUAUUAGCGAUGAUCAGGUGAGCCAGCUGAUCAAUAAUAAGUGUCUUGAGAAACUGAAGGAGUUUGAUGUAAGCCGUGCACCCAAACUCACCAUGAUGGCAGCAAGGAUGUUAGUCAAGCACUGCCCAAAGCUCAGGCAUCUGCAAGAUCUCGGGGGUUGGAAUAUAACAGCAGAGGAGUUUAAUGCAUUCCUGAAGGAGACAGAGAUGGAAGAUUAUGAUAUUCAAAUAAUCUACAAUCCACGACGGAAGAGGUCUUUCCUUUGCAGCUCUUACAGAAGUGAAAGCUUCACUGAUGAAGACUUCAUGGAAGACUCAUAUGAGGAUUCAGAAUUGUGGGGCCCAAUGAGGUACCAGUUCCCUCUAGUCAUCCUCUAGGCUGCAAGUCAACCAGACCAGAGGGUGAAAGGCACUUCCUAUCAUGCCAUAGAGGAGGGACACACGCAAGCCUUCACUGUGGGGGCUGUCUUUGGGUACCAUGCAGAAUAAGUCGCAGUAAUGCCCCAGACAAUAAGACUCCUGUGACAGAGAGUGAAGGCUAGGCCUCGAAGAAUGUGAUUUGCGUCUCUUCCCUCUCCUCUCCUUUCUUUUUUUUCUACGAAUUUACUCACCAUUUUAGGUUUUUUAUUAGCGCUCUCCCAUUUAUAUGUUAUCCAACAUGUCCUGCAUGUUGUAAAUCUACUGUGGCUACAACUGUUACAAUUAGUGCACAGUUAUUUCGGUCUAUUUGCAUACAAACUACAAGAUAGCUAAU